AUGUAUUCUGAAUUGUUAACACAGUUAUCUAACGAUAUUAUAAAGUUAAUACAUAACCCUGAAGGAUAUGAUAUUAAAAUAAAAGUCGGCGAACCUCCAAAUACGAAAGAAUUUAAAGCUCAUUCGUUAAUAUUGAGAGCUAGGUCUCCUUAUUUCAAUAGGGCUUUAUCACAUGAAUGGACAAAAAAACAAGAGAAUCUUAUCAUAUUUGAGAAACCUAAUGUGUCUCCUAAUAUUUUUGAAAUUAUAUUAAGAUACAUUUAUGGUGAAAUAUUUCACUUAGAAGAUCAUGAUCCUUUUGAUAUUCUUGAUCUUCUUAUUGCUGCUGACGAAAUAAUGAUUGAUGAUGUUUUAAUUGAUCAUGUUCAAACAUAUUUGAUUCAUUCAAAAGCUGCUUGGAUAGACGAAAACCUUUUAGAUAUUCUUACUAUUGUUUCUCCUCGUAAUUCUUGCCGAAAAUUACGAGAAUAUUGUCUUGAUGAAAUAAUCUUACGUGAUCUGUCAUCAUUCUUUGACGCUGAUUGGUUCCCCUCCUUAAAUGAAUUCAUUUUACCUGAAAGCCUUUUGAACAACAUAAUGCACUAUUACCAAACGGAUUGUCUUUAUUCAAUAAUGUUACCAGCAUCAAGAAAUCCAGUAAUACGAAUCAAUUCUUCUGUCAUUAUUAAUCCGAAAUGUGGUAAAAAUAUUAUAAGCUGGAUUGAGAAAAAACCAUUCCAAUCUAAUAGAAACAUUAAUUAUACUUAUAAUUUUAAUUUACUAUAUCGAGCGAGUUGUGAUGAUAAUGGACAUUCUUUUCACCAAAAAUGUGAUAACGUUGGCCCAACACUCAUUGUAAUCAAAGUUGAAGGCACUAACGAAAUUAUUGGAGGUUAUAAUGCAUUAAAUGAUGGGUGGCAAAGAGGGUGGCUUUCAUUUAGUCGUGGAUCAAAAGAUUGUUUUAUAUUUUCUCUUAGCAACGAUAUAAAAAAAGCAGAAGAUGCGAAAUAUGGAUACAUUUUAUCUGAUCAGAUAGAUUCUGCUAUAUAUGAUCAUCCAGAAGGUGGGCCAUGUUUCGGCUCUGGACCAGAUCUUUACGUUAGUCUUAAGCGCGAUCAACCUGUGGGGUAUCGUUUGAAUAGAUGUUAUAAAUCAGGUGUUUUCAAUAGGCAGGGCAGUUUUAGAUGGAAGGAUUGGGAAGUGUUUCAAAUUGUUAAGAAUAUAAAUAGUUAA